CUCCCGGGGCUGUCGCGAGGCGGCAACAACGGCGGGCAGCGGUUGUCCCCGGCCUCGCAGGGCGGAUAGAGUGCGGGCGGGGCCGGGUCGGGGUCGGUGCCGGGGCCGGGCCGCCAUGGGCUCCCAGGUGCUGCAGAUCCUGCGCCAAGGCGUGUGGGCGGCUCUGAGCGGCGGGUGGUACCAGGACCCGCACCAGGGCGCCGGGGUGAACGCGCUCCACCUCUACCUGUGGCUCUUCUUGCUCGGCUUCCCCUUCACCCUCUACAUGGCUCUUCCUUCUUCCAUGGUCAUAGUAGCAAUCUACUGCCCAGUGAUAGCAGCUCUUUUCAUUGUUCUGAAGAUGGUAAACUACCGUCUGCACAGAGCACUUGAUGAAGGUGAGAUUGUGGAGAGGAAUGCCAGUGAACGCAUGGACAGGGGUGCAAAAACAGAAAUAGAUAAUUCUCCUGCCAGGAGAAAGGACAGCAAUGGGCCUAGCGAUCCUGGCGGAGGGAUUGAGAUGUCAGAAUUUGUUCGAGAAGCCACUCCACCAGUAGGUUGCAGUUCAAGAAAUUCCUUUGCUGGCCUUGAUCUGAACAACCAGAUUGGAUCUGGUUUAUCUCGUCGUGGAACAGCAGCUACAAUUAAAGGUGAUACAGACACUGCAAAGACAUCUGAUGAUAUCAGCCUGAGUCUGGGCCAGAGUUCUAGUCUCUGUAAAGAUGGAAGUGAAGAGCAGGAUUUGGCAGCUGAUCGGAAGACUUUCCAUCUGGUCUCCAUCGAUUCCUUUGUGUCCAUUCAGCCGUCAUUGGCAUCGGCACAGGAAUUGCCACGGGACUGCAGUGACAAAGUGUCUCUCUCUAAUAACCACCACAUAGACCAGUCUUUGUCUAACGCAUGUGACACUGAAGUGGCUUCUCUUGUGCCCCUGCAUUCACACUCCUAUCGAAAAGAACACAGGCCACGAGGGGUGCCAAGGACUUCAAGUUCAGCAGUUGCUUUUCCAGAUGCUUCACUAAAUGACUUUCCCAUCUAUCAGCAAAGACGAGGGCUGGAUACAGUCAGUGAGUUGGAAGCUUCUAAGCCCCGAUUGGGAUCCAAAGAAUCUUUAGCUGAAAACUCCUGUAUUUCUGGUGUCUUUCAGCUGGAAGAUAUUCUAAAGUGUAGCAGCCCACAAUUGCUGGCCAAAAGCAGCAAGAGUAAAUCGUUACAAGCUGACAAAAGUGUGGAUAGUCUCAGAAGCUUGAGUACUCGAAGUAGUGGCUCAACAGAGAGCUAUUGUAGUGGGACUGAUCGAGAUACAAUCAGUACCGUCAGCAGCUACAAAAGUGAGCAGACAAGCUCCACGCACAUAGAGAGUGUAUUGUCUGAACAUGAAGAGUCACCCAAAGAAGAGAAGACAAGCAGCAAGAAAAAAGAUUACUCUGUUGAUUCUGAUGAUUGUAGUUUUGCGACUGACAAAAGGACUAGCAGUGAAAGAACUGUAGAAAUGAAUGCUACCAGUUGCAUUCAGGAGGAAGGAGCAUUGAAUGCAUUACAGGAGAUGCACAAUCAGAGAUCCCUUAGCACCUCAAUUUCAGAAGAGGCAAACAAAAAUCCUCAUGCAAAUGAACUGUCAACACAGGCAGACCUGCUUCCUGGAAAACCUGCUGAGAAAAGAGACGAGCAGAAAGAGAAAUCUUCCCUGGUGGAUUCAAGGACUUGUAAGGAGACAGUUGGAAAACAGAAAGAGGGGGAUGUACGUCCAAAAUCAUGUAGCUUAAUUCAUCGAACAGCUUCAGCUCACAAAUCCAGCAGAAGAAGGACAGGGAAAAAACGAGCUAGUAGUUUUGACACCAGCCGACAUAAGGAAUAUAUUUCCUUCCGAGGUGUAUCCGGUACCAAACCACACAGUGCAGUUUUUUGCCAUGAGGAGGACUCAAGUGAUCAAAGUGACUUGAGCAGGACUUCAAGUAUGCAGUCAGCCCACCAGUUCAGCAGUGAUAGCUCUUCCAGCACCACCUCCCAUUCUUGCCAGUCUCCUGAGGGAAAAUACAAUGCCCUAAAGACCAAAUAUAUUGCAAAAGAAAAGGGCACAGACUUGGAAAACUCUUACAAAAUGCACUUGAGCUGUGAGGCAAAUGGCAAAAAACAUUCAACACGACGGACUUCCAACACAAAUAGUGCCAAGAGUCGUAUCAGGGUAUUAAGUCUGGACAGUAGUACUGUAGCCUGUUUGAAUGAUCCAAAUCUAACAAUGCCAGAUACCAUAAAACAGCUAACAACUUCUAAAUCUGAUUUAGAGGCGAAAGAGGGAGAGGUGCUUGAUGAGCUAUCUCUGUUGGGAAGGGCUUCACAUCUAGAAUCAGUCACUCGCUCUAGGAAUAGCUUACCAAGUCAGAGUAUGUUUGCUGAAGGGGAAGAGCAUGAACAGGGAAGUGUUGCAGCACAAGCCAGUGAGGAGGCGGUCACAGUUCGUCGUGAACGCAGCACAUUUAGGCGUCAGGCAGUACGGCGCCGUCACAAUGCAGGGAGUAACCCUACCCCUCCUUCAUUGCUCAUCGGCUCACCCCUCAGCCUUCAAGAUGUUCAGCAAGGGCAGCAGUCCACAGCCCAAGUCAGAGUCCAGUCCCGCCCCCAUUCCCAGGCUGCUGUGCUCAGCGCUAGUGCCUCCUUGCUGGUGAGAAAUGGGAGUGUCCACUUAGAAGCAACACAUGACAAUGCAUCUGCUGUCGGCAGCAGCAGUUUGCACGAUGAACUUGGUAAGUUCAGUUCUACACUGUACGAGACGGGGGGCUGCGAUAUGUCACUUGUGAAUUUUGAACCAGUUGGAAGAAGAACAUCUAAUAUCUGUGACACGGACUCUCAUGUAUCAAGUUCUACCUCAGUUCGUUUUUAUCCACAUGAUUUACUUUCCCUCCCCCAGAUCAGACUGAAUAGGCUGUUGACCAUAGAUACUGAUCUUCUGGAGCAUCAAGACAUUGACCUAAGCUCUGAUCUGCAGGACCAUCUACAGCCUCAGGAGGAAGCAGCCCAAAAAGUCAAACACUAUUACCGCUUUUGGAUCCUGCCCAAGAUUUGGAUUGGCAUUAAUUUUGAUAGGCUGACUCUUUUGGCUUUGUUUGACAGGAAUCGUGAAAUCCUUGAAAAUGUGUUAGCUGUCAUUCUGGCAAUUCAAGUGGCUUUCUUGGGUUCUGUGCUCCUCAUAGAGGGUUUCUUCAAGGAUAUCUGGGUCUUCCAAUUUUGUCUAGUGAUUGCUAGCUGCCAGUAUUCCUUGCUUAAGAGUGUCCAACCAGAUUCUUCAUCACCUCGCCAUGGUCAUAACCGAAUCAUAGCCUAUAGCAGGCCUGUUUACUUCUGCAUAUGCUGCAGUCUCAUUUGGCUGUUGGAUUAUGGCAGCAAGAGCACUUUUACUGCAAGGUUCCAACUUUAUGGAAUGGCUUUCACUAAUCCAAUUAUAUUGCUUUCAGCAAGGGACUUGAUUAUAGUGUUUACACUAUGUUUUCCUAUAGUCUUCUUCAUUGGUCUUCUGCCACAAGUGAACACAUUUUUGAUGUACCUCUGUGAACAGUUAGAUAUUCAUGUCUUUGGUGGAAAUGCUACCACAAGCCUGCUUGCAGCCCUUUACAGUUUUAUCUGUAGUAUUGUGGCAGUAGCAUUAUUGUAUGGAUUGUGUUAUGGUGCCCUAAAGGAUUCUUGGGAUGGUCAACAUAUUCCAGUGCUAUUUUCAGUAUUCUGCGGUAUGUUAGUGGCAAUAUCAUAUCAUCUGAGCAGACAAAGUAGUGACCCUUCUGUUCUUUUCUCUCUAGUGCAAUCAAAACUUUUUCCUUCAUCAGAAGAUAAAAAUCCAGAGGAUCCUUUAUCUGAAGUUAAAGAUCCAUUACCUGAAAAACUUAGAAAUUCAGUGAGUGAACGUUUACAAUCUGAUCUUGUUAUAUGCAUAGUCAUCGGAGUGCUUUACUUUGCAAUUCAUGUUAGCACAGUAUUCACAGUUUUGCAGCCUAUCUUGAGCUAUGUUCUUUAUGCUCUGGUGGGAUCGGUAGGUUUUAUAACCCAUUAUGUUCUGCCUCAACUCCGGAAGCAGCUCCCUUGGCACUGUUUUUCUCAUCCAUUGUUGAAAACCAAGGAAUACUAUCAAUUUGAAGUUCGCAAUGCAGCUCAUUUGAUGUGGUUUGAGAAACUUCAUAUUUGGCUUCUUUUUGUGGAGAAGAAUAUUAUCUACCCUUUAAUAGUCCUCAAUGAGCUCAGCAGUAGUGCAAAGGCUAUUGCUAGUCCAAAAAGACUGGAUACAGAACUUGGUGCUUUAAUGAUUACUAUAGCUGGCAUGAAGCUGUUGCGUUCCUCUUUCAGCAAUCCAACCUACCAGUAUGUUACUGUCAUUUUCACAGUGCUUUUCUUUACAUUUGACUACAAACGUUUCUCGGAGACUAUGCUGCUAGACAUGUUCUUCAUGUCCAUACUCUUUAGCAAGCUUUGGGAGCUUUUUUACAAGUUGAGAUUUGUGUAUACUUAUAUUGCCCCAUGGCAAAUUACAUGGGGAUCUGCUUUCCAUGCAUUUGCCCAGCCUUUUGCAGUGCCGCAUUCUGCAAUGCUUUUUGUUCAAGCAGUUGUGUCUGCAUUUUUCUCUACCCCACUAAAUCCUUUUCUGGGAAGUGCAAUAUUCAUCACAUCUUAUGUCAGACCUGUCAAGUUCUGGGAGAGAGACUACAACACAAAGCGAGUGGACCACUCAAACACAAGACUGGCUUCCCAGCUUGAUAGGAAUCCAGGUUCAGAUGAUAAUAACUUGAAUUCCAUCUUUUAUGAACAUCUAUCUCGGUCCCUUCAGCACAGCCUGUGUGGAGAUCUGCUCCUUGGGCGAUGGGGGAAUUACAGCACUGGAGACUGCUUUAUUCUUGCUUCUGACUACCUCAAUGCACUAGUACACAUUAUAGAGAUAGGCAACGGUUUGGUUACUUUCCAACUCAGAGGGCUUGAAUUUAGAGGAACCUAUUGUCAGCAACGAGAAGUAGAAGCCAUAACUGAGGGUGUAGAAGAAGACGAAGGGUUUUGUUGCUGUGAACCUGGUCAUAUCCCUCACAUGUUAUCUUUCAAUGCUGCCUUUGGCCAGCGUUGGCUGGCUUGGGAAGUCCUUGUCACAAAGUAUGUCUUGGAGGGCUACAGCAUCACCGACAACAGUGCUGCUUCCAUGCUUCAAGUAUUUGACCUGAGGAAAAUACUCACUACUUACUAUGUCAAGGGUAUCAUCUAUUAUGUAACAUCUUCUCCAAAGCUAGAGGAAUGGUUAUCAAAUGAAACAAUGCAAGAAGGACUGCAGCAGUGUGCAGACCAAAAUUAUGUUGAUGUGGACCCUACAUUUAAUCCUAAUAUUGAUGAGGAUUAUGACCACCGGCUCGCGGGAAUCUCCAGAGAGAGUUUUUGUGUCAUUUACCUUAAUUGGAUAGAAUAUUGCUGCUCUCAGAGAGAAAAGCCUCUGAAUGCAGAUAAAGAUUCUUCUCUAGUCACUCUUUGCUAUGGACUCUGUGUUCUUGGUCGGAGAGCUCUGGGAACUGCUUCACAUCAUAUGUCUAGUAAUCUGGAAUCCUUCCUGUAUGGACUUCAUGCAUUGUUUAAAGGAGACUUUCGAAUUUCAUCAAUUCGAGAUGAAUGGAUAUUUGCAGACAUGGAGUUGUUGAGGAAAGUUGUUGUCCCAGGAAUACGCAUGUCAUUAAAACUGCAUCAGGACCAUUUCACUUCUCCAGAUGAAUAUGAUGACCCUGCCAUUCUCUAUGAAGCAAUCACAUCCCAUGAACAAAAUCUGGUUAUAGCUCAUGAGGGGGACCCUGCUUGGAGGAGUGCUGUCCUUUCCAAUUCUCCCUCCUUGCUUGCCCUUCGCCAUGUGAUGGAUGAUGGCACCAAUGAAUACAAAAUUAUCAUGCUAAACAGGCGCUAUCUAAUUUUCCGAGUUAUUAAAGUGAAUAAGGAGUGUGUGCGUGGCCUUUGGGCUGGACAGCAGCAGGAGCUGGUCUUCUUGCGUAAUCGCAACCCGGAAAGAGGGAGCAUCCAAAAUGCCAAGCAGGCAUUGAGAAACAUGAUAAACUCAUCUUGCGAUCAACCAAUUGGAUACCCGAUCUAUGUUUCACCCCUGACUACAUCUUACUCAGACAGUCAUGAGCAACUCAAAGAGAUUCUUGGAGGUGCUAUUAGUUUUGGAAACAUUAAGAACUUCAUAGUAUCUACGUGGCAUAGGUUAAGAAAAGGCUGUGGUGCUGGCUGCAACAGUGGAGGAAACAUUGAAGACUCAGAUGCUGGAGGUGGAGCCUCUUGCACAAGUAACAGUGCAACUGCCAAUGACUCUCAGAGCAAUGUAUCUCAAGGAGGAGGAGGGAAUAUAACAGUUGGACCAGUACCUGGAACAGGACUGCAUCCUCCUAUCACAUCUCACCCUGCUACUCUGGGCACCAGCCAUAGUGCUCACUCUGUGCAGUCCAGCCUUGUCAGACAUUCCCCUGCCCGUGCCUCUGUUGCCAGCCAGUCAUCUUAUUGCUACAGCAGUCGUCAUUCAUCACUCCGCACCUCUACCACUGGCUUUGUGCCUUGCCGGCGCUCGUCCACCAGCCAGCUCUCCCUUCGUAACCUCCCAUCAUCCAUCCAGUCACGUCUAUCCAUGGUGAACCAAAUGGAACCUGCUAGCCAGACGGGGGCUGUCAGCGUGCAGCAUGGCUUGCCUUCUUCAAGCAGCUCCAGCCAAAGCAUCCCAGCCUGCAAACAGCAUGCCCUGGUUGGCUUUCUAGGGACUGAUGGAAUGAAUAAUAGUACAGAUAUGCAAGCAGGCACAAAUGUGAGCCCUGUAAUCCAGCCACAAACCAAAAGGGAUGAUGUUGUUUACAGAAUCCAGAUAACUGAUACCAGCCAAGUACUGGAAGGGAUCAACUUGUCUAAAAGAAAAGAACUGCAGUGGCCAGAUGAAACGAUAAGGUUAAAAGCUGGAAGAAACAGCUGGAAAGACUGGAGUCCUCAGGAAGGCAUGGAAGGCCAUGUGAUUCACCGAUGGGUGCCUUGCAGCAGAGAUCCAGGGACUAGAUCUCACAUAGACAAAACCAUACUGCUGGUCCAGAUUGAAGACAAAUACGUUGCUGUGAUUGAAACUGGAGUUCUGGAACUAGGGGCUGAAGUAUGACCCGCUUUUCAUAGUUAACUUCUUGUCCGUUUCCAAAAAGCUUAAAAAUGAGGUGCAAAUUUCAAGAGGAUGUUUCUGAUGCCUCAAGUAAUAGGAAAAGACUUGAAAAACAACUGGGUGGGUGUGUCAGCCUCUGGCUGAAAUAAGCAAGAAGCUGAGCUGCUGAGGAAAAACAUUGUGCAUGAAGGGUAAACACAACAUAUCUUUGUUUUAUACUUUAUUUUAUGCAUUGCAAUGCUUUGAAAGAAUCCAGCAUUUUCCAGUUUUAAAAAAGGAACAUCUCAUUUUAAAAAAAAAAAGUUUUGCCAAAAAUGGCCAUAUGUUGUCACAGUAAUGUAGACUCUGUUUGUUCUUUCUUUUUUUAAAUACCUGAAAAGGAUACACAUUUUGAGUUCAGUGUAAAGCAGAAUUGAGAAUUUGUUCAUGGCAAGUGUGACCAGACUUAAAUUCUUAUUCCUUGUGAGUUAUAAAAAAAAUCAAUCAAAAACUGCACUAUUUUUUUUAUGGCAAUGCACUAAAAAAAUUCUGAGAUCGCUCAGAACAUUUAUUUAUAUAUAUUAUAUGUAUAUAAAUAUAUAGAAAGAAGAAAAUACCAUUAUUUAAAUUGCCUUUGGGAUUAACCCUCUCCCCACUCCAUAUUCAUAUUGAUGAUAGGAAAUGUGCCAUUGAUUAUUUUUGUUAUUGUUGUUGUUUAAUACAUUAGUUUGCACAUCUGUGCAUUCCUACUAUCCUAUUCACAAUAUAUGAUGGAGUAUAAAUAUAGAAUAAACAUCUGAAAUUUCUGUUUUUCAUAAAACAAAUUGACGGUGCAGAUGUGCAGCAAUUUCACAGUCUUAUUGUUGGCCCAAUCACACAGUUGUGCUUUUUCUUCUUCCCUCUUCAUCUGGUUUCCAGUGGUCACCAGCAAAAAUACACUACUAGCAUCCUUUGGAAGAAGCUUGCUUUUUGCAAGGAAAACUGGAUGGGCCCGAGUUGUUCUUUUGUGUUUUUUAAAAAGGGUAUUGUGGCUUUCUUUGUGUUGGGACUUCUUAGUAUAUGUAAUCAGGUGAAACAACUUUUUUAAUUAAAGAAAAAUAGAAACUGCACCGCCUGAUCAUCAUACCAUUUCGCCUUUUAGCUCCCUUUAGUUAUUAUUAUUCUUUUUGUGACUUGAAUUUUAUUUUCAGCUAUUAUAUAUUCUAUAAUAACUGUAGUUUUGAGUAUAACUGUGAAAUUGAUUUUUGUUGCAUAUCUUAGGUUUUACCGUGUUCGAAGGGGGUUUUUUUAGUGUGUUUUCUGGGAAACAAGUUACUUAUACAGCAUUGGGACAGGGAGCGAAAGCUGCAGUAUAUUCCACGAUCUGUUGCUUCGAUGAUUUGCUUGCAGCCAUCAUGAAAAGGUGUAUGUGGAGUGAUGGUUUCCUUUAUGUGUUCUGGAACACAGUCAACAAUUACAGCUUUUAGAAGCAGCCAUCUUCUCUUUAAUGUUCUCAAUAUUAAGUGAUUCAUGGGUGAUCAUGCAAGGGAGGCAUUGUAGUGAAAUAAAAAACAUUGCAUACCUAGGAUAAGAGCUGAAAUUUGAUCUCAUCCAAAGACAUUUGAAAGUAAUGACCUAACACUAAUGGUCCAGUGCCACAACAAAAGGAUUUAGGACUUUGUAAAGUAACAAUAAAUUGAGCAUUGCUUUAUUUUCCAAAUAUGCUGAGUUAGAUUGUGGCUGUGACCUGUGUGCAUCAGUUGAUCACAUGAGUGGCAAGAUACUUUUAAUUUAGCACCUGACUGUAUUUCAUCAUUUCACAGUGAUUUACAGAGAUUCACUCCCCCCUCCUUCGUCCAACCAGAUCUCAGUGAUGUCGGCCAGGUCGGCAUGCUCAUCCAAGAUUAGGCCUUUUGAUGAGUCGUUCUUGGUUCCCUUCCCAAUUGACAACUACAUAUGUGCUCUUUUAUCACUCACAUCUUAAGUUUUCCAAGAAGGUGCAUAAGGAAAAGGCAAACAAUCUUGUAAAAAUAUAUUGGAUGAUUUCUUAGACAAUUAAAUCCACCAAUAAACUUUACUUUUAAAGUUUCAGCUUGAAAGAGGCAAGGAAUUGAGUAUAAUAUGGCCCAUGUUAUGUUUCUUUGCUAACAAGGCCUUUCUCUUUCUCUUUUCUAACAUCUAGUGGGGAACAAACAUCAUCUCCAUCUGAGAAUCUGAAUAUUCUCUUUCACUUGGGACUAAAAUGUAGAAUUUAACAUGAGUUUCUAACUUCAAGACUUCAGGUUCUGGCAUUUGGUAUUUAAACCUGUUGAUAAUUUAAUUUGGUUGUUUGUAAGCAUUGAUUUUUGGUUACACUAGUUUUACAUAUAAAACUCAUCUACUUUCCAGUGAAUGUUUCACAAGGAGAUAUGUAACUCAUAUGGCAAAAGCCUUUGAAUGAUUCUUUAGGGCAAAAUACAGGCAGCAAAAUCCUAACUGUGAAACCAAAUAACCCAUCCGUGUGGGUCCUCUUAUUCAAUCCCUCAUCCUCAGGUUUCUUGACUUGACUCUUUCCCAUGAAUUUGGGAAUCGAGCUCUGGGAUGCUUAGUUUUUAUAUGACCACCUACCAAAUGCAUCGAGAAUUUUUAGGCAAAACCCAUCUGCUUUUCUCUUUACUCACCGUAUUAGGUCAGUCUGUAAACCAAAUGAUACAAUUGCUAUACAGCUUUCAUUAUGUGAAGCUGUGAUGUAACCCAACAUUUAUGUGGUUACGUAUAUUAUAAUCUUUCCAACAAGAUGUGCAAUCUGUUUUUGAAUUCUUACAACUUUCAGAACUCUUUGCCAUUCAGUUCUCAAUGUUGUAUGCACAUGGGAAUCCAGAAGUAUAGAUAAAUGUCUCUUUUCCUAAA